AUCCCGUAUUAUGUUCAUAAAAUGUUCAUUUAGAUUUUAGGGUUUAGUUCACGAAGAGGCGGCUCAUUGCUUUGAAUGGGACGAGCUCUUCACUUGCUCUUCCUUCUUAGGUCGCGCUUGCGUUGUCGACUCCGCGACUCAGAAAAAUUCCUCGUCAUGGGGGCGUACAAAUACAUUGAGGAGCUAUGGCGGAAGAAGCAGUCCGAUGUGUUGCGAUUCUUGCUUCGUGUGCGCUGCUGGGAGUACAGGCAGCUUCCCGGCAUUGUCCGCGUCACUCGGCCUUCUCGGCCUGACAAGGCUCGUAGACUAGGUUACAAGGCUAAGCAAGGCUACGUGGUGUACCGUGUUCGUGUGCGCCGUGGAGGCAGGAAGAGGCCUGUUGCUAAGGGUAUUGUGUACGGAAAGCCAAAGAACCAGGGUAUUACACAGCUCAAGUUCCAGCGUAACUUGCGGUCAGUUGCUGAGGAGCGUGCAGGAAGGAAGCUUGGAGGCCUGAGGGUCCUCAACUCCUACUGGAUCAACCAGGACUCAACCUACAAGUACUUUGAGAUUAUCUUGGUGGAUCCACAACAUACUGUAAUCCGCAAGGACUCAAGGAUCAACUGGAUUGUCAACCCCGUGCACAAGCACCGUGAGUUGCGUGGAUUAACUUCUGCUGGCAAGAAGUACCGUGGUCUUCGUGGUAGAGGGCACUUGUACACUAAGGCUCGUCCUUCUAUUCGCGCUACAUGGAAGCGCAACAACACUCUUUCCCUCAAGCGUUACCGAUAGAGGGCGUGGAUGUUGGGAAUUGCGGUGGUUUUCCAUGUCGCCUUUUUUUUCUAAAAAUGCAAGGGCUUUUCAAAAAGUUCGGAAAUCCCCUCUUGUGUUCAACAUCA